AUGAAUUCUCCUGGUUCAUCCUCCAACAGUUCCUUCUCAUCAUCGCCAGAUUCUUCGAUUGUUUCAUUGAGAAACUGUCAAGUUUGUGGUCAACUGGCACAUGGAAAGCAUUUUGGAGCAGUCACGUGUCGAGCGUGUGCAGCGUUUUUCAGACGAUGCGGCACCGCAAACAAUUUUAAACCUUGUCGACGGGGGAACAGUUGUGAAUUUCUGAAAAAUGGUUGGUUCAACUGCAAACCGUGUCGACUGCAGAAAUGUUGGGAUGUAGGAAUGACAAGUGACAACUUCCAAUUUGAUCGAGAUACAUUCUGCCCGAAAAAAGCUAGAGCAGCUCUUGAAAACUUCCACAAUCAAGUGCCAGAGAGUAUGGGAACAUUCUUGGGACGAUCAAAUCUUAUUCUUUUCUGUGCACCACAGUUUGACCAAGAAAAUGACAAAAAAUGUUUUAUCGACGUUCAAUAUCUUGUUGAAGAAGCAUCAGAAGUACUGAGGAAAGGAUCUGAAAUUCCGCUUCGUGCUCCAAAUUCUUUAGAAAAAUUGGCCCUCGGGCUGCAUGCAGUUCGUGGAUAUCCGAGAAGGGGACUGAAGAUUAUCACCAAAAUUGGGAAGGAUGAGACAUUGGCAUUAUGGCAACAUGACAUGCUGAAAGUGGCAAAGUGGUUGACAUAUUUCGAUGAGUUCGGACAACUUCCCCAUAAUUUGCAGGUGGAUAUGCUAAAUGGAAUGUGGAAAGUGUGGAGUCGUUUAGAGAAUCUGGCAGUAACUGCGAUGGGAAGGAGGCAGAAGUUAUGUAAUGAGAGGGAGAUUAUGGCAUUCGUUGAGAAAGAGCAAGUGAAGUGUAACCUAUUGAAAGUGGAAAUUGAUUUGACCUGGUGUUCGAGAUACACCGUGGAUGAGUUGAAAUUUUUCGGUGACCAUGAAUCGGACGACCGCACUGAAGACCUAAUCCAAGCAAUGAUGGAGCUCAAUCCAUCAGACGUGGAGCUCUCUUACAUGAUGUGUCAACUAUGCCUUCAUUAUGUUGGAAAGCGAUAUCAAGGAGUGAUGCUGGAAAUUGCUGAAGGUUUCCAAGAGUCCCUUUCGAACAACUUACAUGAUUACUACGUGAAUCGAGUUCAAAUGCCACAAUACUCAAUGCGUCUCGCAAAUAUGAUGAAGAUCAAUAACCAUCUUCAGAGAGAUUUCUAUCGUGGUCGAGUGAAAGGAGAGUUGGCAAAGGUCUUUGACGUCUUCUACAUUGAGUUUUCACAUCCGGAAGCGUUUUUGGAUAUGUGA